GGGAGAGAGGGAGAGAGAAAUGGUCUGUUUUGUGGUGGUUAAGUAGUGUGUGGAAGAGUAGCUGAGAUUGAAAAAGAGAAAAAUUUCGAGAACAAAGUAAAGGAAAGAAAAGAAGGGAGAUUCAGAGAAGGGGAGAAAAGAAAAGAAAAAAAGGUGUUAAAUUGUGACGUGAAAGAAGGGUGGUGUGAAAAAAAGGUAUAUAGUGAGAGAGAAAGAGAGAGAGAGAGAGAGAAAGAAAUGGUGGGCUCAGGAACAACAUCAGAUAGGAGCAAAGAAGCUGUUGGGAUGAUGGCCCUUCAUGAGGCCCUCAGAAGCGUAUGUCUCAACACAGAUUGGACUUACUCUGUCUUCUGGACCAUUCGUCCUCGCCCAAGAGUGAGAGGUGGCAAUGGGUGCAAGGUUGGGGAUGAUAAUGGAAGCUUGAUGUUGAUGUGGGAAGAUGGGUUUUGCCGUGGAAGGGCUUCAGAUUGUCUUGAAGAGAUUGAUGGAGAGGAUCCUGUCAGAAAGUCCUUCAGCAAAAUGUCAAUUCAGUUAUAUAAUUAUGGAGAAGGGUUGAUGGGAAAGGUUACAUCUGAUAAGUGUCACAAGUGGGUCUUCAAAGAGCCCACGGAAUGUGAGCCUAAUAUCUCCAACUACUGGCAGAGCUCCUUUGAUGCUCUUCCCCCUGAAUGGAUUGAACAGUUUGAGUCAGGCAUUCAGACAAUCGCUGUAAUUCAAGCUGGACAUGGCCUUCUGCAACUUGGUUCUUGCAAGAUUAUCCCUGAAGACCUCCAUUUUGUGCUAAGAAUGAGACACACUUUUGAAUCUCUAGGCUAUCAAUCUGGGUUCUACCUCUCCCAACUCUUCUCUUCAACUAGGAACACUUCCUCUUCUACUUCAGUUCCUUCAAAACAUUCCACAAUUCCAAUUAGGCCACCUCCUCCACUCCUCAACUGGGGUCAAAGGCCACUUGUUGGUUCUGCUACUUCUAUGCUAUCCUCACCCACUUUUCAACAUGCAACUAGACUUGGGUUCCCACAGGCCAAAGAUGAGACCCAUAUGUUUCUCAUGCCUCAUGCACCUGAACCUACAAGAAUGGAAGACAUGAUGGGGGAGCAUGAAAAUGACAUAAAAUGGCCAAGUGGGUUGUCCUUCUUCAGUGCACUUGCUGGAAGAAAUGAUGAUGCUAAGCUUUUGUUUAAUGGGGAGAGCUUAGGGAACAAACCAAUUGAUCAGAGUCACCAACACCCUCUUAAUCCAAAUCCUAGUUCAGCUGCUUCCAACAUUCAAAAUGCUAGUGGAAACAACCACAAUGAUUUCUUGAGCUUGGAUAGCCACCCAGAAGGGGCAAGGAAAAUGGACAAGUUUAAGAGGAGCUUCACUCUACCUACUAGAGUGGCUUCUCCAUCUUCAUCUGCUUCAAUGGAUCAUCAUCAACAAACAGCUGUGGAGUAUAGGAAUUCACAAGGAGGGAUGUACCCGGAUGUCAUGGAAACCUUUUUAGAGUGAAUGGGGGAGAAAAGCUAAGUAAGUUGUAUUAGGGAGAAUGAAAAAUGAAAAGUUGUAUUUAGGUAAAGUUAUUUGUGUUCCUUUUCAUGUGUUUGCUUUCUUUCCACUUUGUAUCCUGUGUUUCUGUA